AUGAUUACCGCACUGUGCCCAGAUGAUUGGGAAAGAGUUGGGAACGUCUGCUACUGGUACCCGCCGGAAUUGAAGAACUGGACCGAUGGAGAAGAUCUUUGCCGGCAGAGGGGAGGACAUCUCUUGAGCAUCAACUCCGCUGCAGAACUCAACACCGUGAUGAACAGGUUCUUCGACGACAGCUGGAUCGGCCUGAACUCACUGGCGUCGGGAGGCAGCACCUUCGAAUGGAGCGAUGGCUCCCCGGUCGAUUUCACCAACUGGAACGAGGGAGAGCCGAAUUCACCCGAGGAAAUGUGCACGGAGAUGAUGCACUGGACCGACAAUCCCAGUUCGCAUGGGAAAUGGCUCGAUAACUUCUGCGACUUGCAGCGACAAGUAGUCUGCAAGCUUGACCUAGAGAGGGAAUGCAACAGCAUGACGGUCUGCGAAUGGAACGGAGCCGCCUGUGACCUGAAGCCUCCCUCUGACUACGGCUACGUGUUCGACAGCGGCCGGACGGACACGGAGAACGGCUUCCAAUACAGACUCACGAGGGCCAACGAUUUCACGGCAUACGGCAGCGACAUCCAAAAUCUCAUCUUCCAAGUCACUUACUACGACGAUCGGCAUCUACGUUUCACGCUCCGGGACGCAGACAGAGAUCGCUACGAGGUGCCAGUCCCUCUGAAUCACGAUAUCCAAACUGGCUUCGAUCCGACUUACGCAGUGGACAUGGGAGAUGACUCCAUCGGGAGUCCAUUCCACUUUUCCAUCCGAAGGCAGGACACCGGUACCGUCGUCUUCGACACUUCGCCAGGUGGGUUGAUUUACGAGGACCAAUUCCUUCAGAUCAUCACCGAACUCCCUUCUGAAAAUCUUUAUGGAUUUGGGGAGAACGUUCACACGGCAUUCCGUCAUGAUUUCUCUUCUCGGAGGACCUUUCCCCUCUUCACCAGAGAUGAAUUCCCGAAUGAUGCAAAACCGUCAGGGGACAAGAAUGUAUAUGGCGUCCAUCCAUUCUACGAGGUGAUGGAAGAUAACUCCAGCAACACCCACGGCGUUUUCUUCCUCAACAGCAACGCGAUGGAAUACGAGACGCAGAGGCUGAAUGGAGACCCGAUUUUGACCCUUAGAUCCAUCGGGGGCAUUCUCGACUUCCACCUUUUCCUCGGUCCCUCCCCGGCUGACGUCAGUCGACAAUACACUCAACUAAUCGGUCGACCGUUCCUGCCACCUUACUGGUCUCUGGGAUUCCAACUCAGUCGGUGGGGUUUCGAAACGCUGGAUGACCUGAAAGCUGCCGUGGAGAGGACCCAAAACGCCAACAUCCCCUUAGACAUCGUGUACGCGGACAUUGACUACAUGAUCGAAAGGAUGAUCUUCACGUGGGACCCAGUCAAGUGGGCCGGAUUCCCGGAGUACGUCCGAGAGUUGAAGAGUCAGGGAAUCCGUUUCGUCAUCAUCUUGGAUCCUGCCAUAGUAUUUGACUUCACGAAUAACUACCCCCCGGCGUUGAGAGGACAGCAAGCAGACGCGUUCAUCAAAUGGUACAACGAAUCCUACAUCCCCAGCGAUCAAGAGUCGCACGCCGGGGAAUACAUGGUCGGAUACGUCUGGCCGCCGGCUAAAACCGUCUUCCCCGACUUCUUCAAGUCUUCUACCAAAGAAUGGUGGAAAGACGAGAUCAGGCGCUUCCACGAGGAAAUCGAGUUCGCUGCUCUCUGGAUCGACAUGAACGAACCGUCCAAUUUCGGGACGAACGAAGAGAAGCCGCAUAAUUGGCCGGAGGGAGUUCCCCCCUGGAGCCUAAAAUGCAGGGAUAGGAGAUGGGACGAACCGCCAUACAAGACCAAGACGAUUUACGCCGGAGAAAACAAAAGUGGUACCUUCGCGGACAAGACCAUCUGCAUGACUGGGAAGCAGAUCGACGAUACAAAUCCAAGCGACGUGAAGGAAUACCUCACAUACGACACACACUCCCUCUAUGGUUGGAGCCAAGGACUCCCAACACUCUUGGCAGUGAGGGAGGUGACGGGGACGAGAAGCAUGGUCUUCUCUAGGUCUACCUACGCCACUGCGGGUCAAUGGAUCGGUCAUUGGUUCGGUGAUAACAUCUCGAGAUGGGUGGAUCUUCAUCGCUCCAUCAUCGCCAUGUUCGAGUUCAACAUGUUCGGCAUUCCGUACGGAGGAUCGGACAUCUGUGGCUUCUUCGACAACGCGACAGAGGCCCUUUGCAUCCGAUGGAUGCAACUUGGAGCCUUCUACCCCUUUGCCAGGAAUCACAACGCUUUUGGAAAUGCCGACCAGGAUCCUGGGAUGUGGCCGACAGUGGCAGAAGCGAGCAGAAUUGCCCUUGGCGCCAGGUAUCGUGUACUGCCAUAUCUAUACACCCUGUUCUAUCACGCGAACACGGUGGGUGACACAGUGGUGCGACCCCUGUUGAUGGAGUUCCCGACUGACGUCACGGCAAGAGGCAUCGAUACCCAGUUCCUGUGGGGAUCCCAUCUCCUCCUCUCCCCUAUCCUCACCCUCGAAUCCUUCAACUCCCGGAGUGCCUACUUCCCUCAAGGCCUUUGGUAUAAGUACUGGUCCAGAGAAGUGGAGUUCACGGGGCCGUUGACGACGAACUUGAAUGUCCCUGACAUGGAGAUCCCGAUCCAUGUCCGCGGGGGGGCCAUUCUUCCCACGCAAGUUUCUGGAAUCAACACUGACGAAAGUCGACAGAAUCCAUUUGGUCUGAUAGUGGCGCUAGAUGAGAGCAGCCAGGCGUCAGGAAACCUCUUCUGGGAUGACGGGGAAUCCAUCGACACCGUCGGGACAGGGGAUUACUUCUAUGCCACCUUCACCUUUGAUACGAAUGUACUGGAUAUCACGGUCGAGAAAUCGUUGGAUGGAUUGAUGGAUGGGACGCCAUUGGAAGGGAUCGAGAUCUGGGGUUACCCCAGUUCACCGUCAUCAGUCGAGUCCUCCAAUGGAGUAUCCUGCACUUUCGAAUACGAUUCUUCUGCUUCUGUUCUGGAUCUUUCUUGCCCUCAACCCAUCACUGAGAGCUUCACCAUCACCAUCAAUUAGUCGCAUGCGAAAUGAAGAACGAGCCCUUUGGAAAUCGACUUGAAUGAAGUUCUUUCCCCAAUUGCUUUCCUGUCCUCCAUCCUUACAUGCCCUAGACUAUAAGCCCACAUGACGAUCGAGCUGAAAUGACCAUCUUUUCUACUACGAAUGCGUUUUCUCUCGGCCCGCCAAGCAUUGGGACAAGAAAUGCAUGGGAGAACUAUUAGUUUCGUGGCAUCAGAGGAU